UGCAUGUAGGUCUCUUUUGUGUGAGCACAAUGCCUUGCUACACCGUUACCGUGGCCACUGGUAGCCAGUGGUUUGCAGGUACAGACGACUACAUUUACCUCACCUUGGUGGGCACCGAGAGAUGCAGUGAGAGGACUCUGCUGGAUAAACCGCUCUAUAACGACUUCGAGAGGGGGGCGGUGGACUCCUAUGACGUGAACGUGGCAGAGAACCUUGGCGAUAUCGAGCUGGUUAAGAUUGAGAAGCGGAAAUACUGGGUGCAGGAUGACUGGUACUGCAGGUACAUCACGGUGAAGACCCCAUCCGGCGAGUACAUCGAGUUUCCCUGCUUCAGAUGGGUGACUGAUGACAAGGAGAUUGUGCUCCGGGACGGCCGCGCGAGGCUGCCGCAGGACGACAAGACCAGGGUUGCAAAGCAGCACCGUCGGAAGGAGCUGGAAACCAGACAGAAGGUAUACAGGUGGAGGGAAUGGCACCCAGGGUUCCCCAUGAGCAUCGAUGCCAACGCCCACAAGGAGCUCCCCAGAGACAUCCAGUUUGACAGUGAGAAGGGAAUGGACUUUGUCCUCAACUACACCAAAGCGAUUGAGAACCUCUAUGUGAACCGAUUCAUGCACAUGUUCCAGUCCUCAUGGAAUGACUUCGCAGAUUUUGAACGGAUAUUUGUGAGGAUCAGCAACACGAUCUCAGAGUACGUGAUGCAGCACUGGCGAGAGGACUUCAUGUUUGGGUAUCAGUUUCUGAACGGCUGUAACCCAGUCAUAAUCCAGAAGUGCCACGAGCUGCCGAAAAAGUUUCCCAUUACCCACCAGAUGGUAGAGUCAAGCCUGGAGAGGGACCUCACCCUUGAAGAGGAAAUCAAGGCAGGAAACAUUUACAUUGCAGACUAUGAGAUCAUGGAGAGCAUCACCCCCAACAGCACAGACCCAUGCACCUUGCAGUAUCUGGCUGCUCCCAUUUGUCUGCUCUACAAGAACAUCCAGAAUAAAGUCCUUCCAAUUGCCAUUCAGCUGAGACAGACUCCAGGGGAAGACAGUCCGAUUUUCCUCCCAAGUGACGAAACAUAUGACUGGCUGCUGGCGAAGAUCUGGGUGCGGUCAUCGGAUUUCCACGUCCACCAAACAGUCACUCACCUCCUUCGUACGCACCUGAUCUCUGAGAUUUUUGGGAUCGCCAUGUUCCGCCAGCUCCCAGCUGUGCACCCUGUGUUCAAGCUGAUCCUUCCCCACAUCCGAUUCACCAUUGCCAUCAACACCAAAGCCCGGGAGCAGCUCAUCUGUGAGUGUGGCCUCUUUGACAAGGCUAAUGGUACCGGUGGAGGCGGUCACGUUGAGCUGGUGCAAAAAGCCAUGAAGACGUUCACGUACCAGUCACUGUGCUUCCCUGAAGCCAUAAAGGCCAGAGGGAUGGACAGCAAGGAGGACAUGCCUUACUACUACUACAGAGAUGAUGGGAUGAGGGUGUGGGAGGUCACCAAAAGUUUUGUGGAAGACGUUGUGAACAUCUACUACAAGAACGAUGAGGCUGUGCAGAAGGACGUGGAGAUCCAGGCCUUCGUCAAAGAUGUCUGCAGCUUCGGAAUGCAGGAUCUGGAUCACUGUCAAUUUCCCAAGUCGCUGAAGACACGCGAGCAGCUGAUUGAGUACCUGACGAUCGUGAUUUUCACCGCCUCGGCACAGCAUGCAGCUGUCAAUUUUGGUCAGUAUGAUUGGUGCUCAUGGAUCCCCAACUCCCCGCCCACCAUGCGGAAGCCACCACCCACAGAGAAGGGUUCCGUAACGGUGCAGUACAUCAUUGAGAGCCUGCCUGACCGCGGCCGGUCCUGCUGGCACCUGGGUGCAGUCUGGGCCCUCAGUCAGUUCCAGGAGAAUGAGCUGUUUCUGGGCAUGUACCCGGAUGAGCACUUCAUCGAGAAGCCGGUAAAGGAGGCCAUGGAGAAGUUUCGCAAGAAACUGGCAGAGGUGUCCCGUGUCAUCAAAGACCGCAAUGAGGGCAAGAAGCUGCCCUACUAUUACCUGUCCCCCGACCGAAUCCCUAACAGCGUGGCCGUGUAGCAGAGGCUUGCAGUCCCGAAUGGUCACAAGCAGUCAAUUUGUGGUUUAUUAAAUGCAAUUCAUCACAAAAAUCUGCAUCUCUGAAAAUCAGUUCAAAUGAAACUUCGAGGAAGCUAGUUGUUCACUAGUCACUGAGUUGUUCCUCAAAAAACUGUACAGCACCUGUUACUUAAUCUGUGUCCCGUUUGCAGUUAUUUUCAUUUGUUUUCAAUCCUUUCCCUAUUUUAAUUGUGUCGAUGUGUGUUAUUUAAUUACAUCUCUUGCUUUUUAGGUAUGUGGUGGUAAUCUAUAAAAUAGCUUUGCUGUCUGGUUACUAUGUGUGUACAGAGGUUAGGAAGCUCUCAUCAC